UACAGGUCUUUGUUUGAAAUUUCCACAACCCCUCCCUGUCCUUUGUUUCAAUUCCUCGGAGUAGCCUGAAGAUUGAGAAUCGCCGUUGAUCUCCGCGGUCUCGCCGGACAGCGACGGAGCUAGCCGGAGUUCAGUCUCCUUGAAUCCUUGUUGGUCUCAGAGAGAUGAAGUCCAACCGUGAGUUCCACAAGAAUGAAGGUGAUGAGGUGUUGCAGAUGGGGAACAGGAGCAAUGCCCAUAAAUAUAAGAAGACAAAUAGGAAGCGCAAUGAGAAGCGAUUGGGUGGAAGAGGCCUCUCACUGGAGGCAUUUGCUAAUGCCAAGUCUGGACCCUCAGGAUACAAUCCUUCAAUCAUCAAAAAACAAAGAGAGUUUUACCGAAAUGCAAAAUUUGUAAGCAAAUACAAGAAGUUAGUCCAGGACCAAAGCCAGUCUGGCAAUCAUCUUUCCCUCGCACCAAAGCUCGAGGAUGAUGAUGAAGGUGAAAAUGAGAUGGAUCUUUCAAAUAGAAGGAAUAAUAAGAAGAACAAGAAGAAAAAUAACCUGCAGAGUGUGAGAGAGGAAUUUGAGAAGAAGCAAGCAGAAAAAGAGAAAGCGAGGAUGGAGAAAGAGGCACUCAUGCAAGCUAAGAAGGAAGAAAGAGCCCGAGCAGAAGCAAAAAGGAAGACUUUGAGAGAGAAUAUGUUCAAGAGGACACGAUCUGGACAGCCUGUUAUGAAAUACCGAGUCAGUCAUCUUCUGGAAGGUAUAACUGAAAACUCUUUAAAUUAAAUGACACUCAUAAAUAUUUGCAAGCAAAUGCAGUAUCACCAGUUUCAACAUAGCAAUUCUCAACUUCCCCUGCACGUACAAAUAUCUUUAUUAUCCGAAAAUUUUGACAUCCGGUGGUCUUUCCCUUAUGUAACAUCUUAGGACAAAGAAAAUGUUGUCCAUGAAAUUAAUUUGAAAUUGACAUCUAUUGAUCUCUUCCUUCUACAACCUUUGAGGCGAAGAAAAUGUUGUGGAACGAUGAGAUUAACUUGAACAUGUUGUUGAACCAUGAUCAGUUGUCAGAAUGUCGAGCAUUGUCUUUCUUUUAUGCAUGUAUGACAUCAGUAGCUGAAAUUUUUGACAUUCAGUGUUCUUUCUAUUC